GAAAAGGGAUAAAUGCCAAGUUCUGAUCUACAGCAGCCACCCGUCGUUCGUCCUCAGUGCAGGGCAACAGGACUUUGGGCUCAAAAUGGUGGCAGCAGCCAUGUUGUUACAGUGCUGCCCAGUGUAUGUCCGGGGCCACACAGGCCUCCUGGGCAAGGUAAUUAAGGCUCACCAGUUCCUGUUUGGUAUUGGAGGCUGUCCCAUCCUGGCUACCCAACGACCAACUUUUUCUCACAUUCAUUUAAAGUCAACUAAGUCUGGAGGAGACUCUCCAUCUUGGGCUAACAGUCAGUGUCCAUUCAUGCUAUCAGAACUCCAGGAUGGGAAGAGCAAGAUUGUGCAGAAGGCAGCUCCUGAAGUACAGGAGGAUGUGAAGACUUUCAAGACAGGAAAAAAUGUCUUUGGUUAUGAACAGUUUUUCAGGGACAAGAUCGCAGAGAAGAAGCAAGACCACACCUACCGUGUGUUCAAGACCGUAAACCGCUGGGCUCAUGCAUACCCCUUUGCUCAACACUUCUCUGAGGCAUUUGUGACCUCAAAGGAUGUGUCUGUUUGGUGCAGUAAUGACUAUCUGGGCAUGAGUCGGCACCCACGGGUCUUACAGGCCACACAGGAGACCCUGCAGCGUCAUGGAGCUGGAGCUGGUGGUACCCGCAACAUCUCAGGUACCAGCAAGUUUCAUGUGGAGUUAGAGCAGGAGCUAGCUGAGCUGCACCAGAAAGACUCAGCCCUGCUCUUCUCCUCCUGCUUUGUGGCCAAUGACUCUACUCUUUUCACCUUAGCAAAAAUCCUGCCAGGGUGUGAGAUUUACUCAGAUGCAGGCAACCAUGCUUCAAUGAUCCAAGGUAUCCGCAACAGUGGAGCUGUCAAGUUUGUCUUCAGGCACAAUGAUCCUGACCACCUGAAGAAACUGCUAAUGAAGUCUAAUCCUAAGACACCCAAAAUUGUGGCCUUUGAGACUGUUCACUCCAUGGAUGGUGCCAUCUGUCCCCUCGAAGAGUUAUGUGAUGUGGCCCACCAAUAUGGUGCUCUGACAUUUGUGGAUGAGGUUCAUGCUGUAGGACUGUAUGGGUUCCGAGGAGCUGGGAUUGGGGAGCGUGAUGGAAUUAUGCACAAGAUUGACAUCAUCUCUGGAACUCUUGGCAAGGCCUUUGGCUGUGUAGGUGGCUAUAUUGCCAGCACCCGUGACUUGGUGGACAUGGUGCGCUCCUAUGCGGCCGGCUUCAUCUUUACUACUUCACUGCCCCCCAUGGUGCUCUCUGGGGCUCUGGAAUCUGUGCGGCUCCUCAAGGGAAAGGAGGGUCAAGCCCUGAGGCGGGCCCACCAGCGCAAUGUGAAGCACAUGCGUCAGCUACUAAUGGACAAAGGCUUUCCUGUUAUCCCCUGCCCAAGUCACAUCAUUCCCAUCCGGGUGGGUGAUGCAGCACUGAACAGUAAGGUCUGUGAUCUCCUGCUUUCCAAACAUGACAUCUAUGUGCAGGCCAUCAACUACCCAACUGUUCCCCGGGGUGAGGAGCUGUUGCGUCUAGCACCCUCCCCCCACCACAGUCCUCAGAUGAUGGAAGACUUUGUGGAGAAGCUGCUGGUAAUCUGGUCUGAGGUGGGGCUACCUCUCCAGGAUGUGUCCGUGGCUGCCUGCAAUUUCUGUCGCCGUCCUGUGCACUUCGAGCUCAUGAGUGAAUGGGAACGUUCCUAUUUUGGGAACAUGGGACCUCAGUAUGUUACCACCUAUGCUUGAGAAGUCAACUGCCUCAGAUCCCCACCCCAAUAGCCCUUCACUUGGGGCUGGACCUCCUCCUGUCCUCUGCUUUGUUGUGUGCCUCUAGCUGACUUGAAUCUGAAAAUAAA